AUGACCUACCUCUCGAUGAAGCAAGACGAUCGCCGCUGGGAGCAAAACGAAGCCGUCAACAAGAAAGUGGGGGACAUCGAGCAGCUCGUCACUCGACUCGAAGCAAAGCUCGAUUCCGGAAUCGUGGUUGCCAACAACGGAUCCUCCUCCAGCACCAACGGAUCCAGCACCAUCCAACGCGACGAAUCAUGGAGCAAGCAGCCCGGACUCGAGAUCACCUGGUUCAACACCCCAGGCUUUGAGGUCGAUCCACGCAACGAAGAUGACUACCGACUCGGUGGGUUCUUCAAAGAAACCUUCAACGCUCAGCCCAACAAGAUCACCCCGAUCCUUGCUGAGGAUGUUUAUGCCCGCCGCGUCAAUGACCAGGUCUGCGAGCGCCUCGCUGAGUACAACCCAACCACCCUCGAACUCGACGGCUACCUCGCCGAAGCAUGGCAAUACGACCCCAACGGCUACUGGGUCCGCGUCAAGCUCCGUGACAACGCCCGCUUCUCAGACGGGCAACCAGUCACCGCAGAAGACGUCCGCUGGACCUUCCACGAGUACAUCAACAACCCAGAACUCGAAACAGAGUCCAUCCGCUCGAUCAUGACCAAUCUCGAUCGCAUCGAUGUCGUCUCCGACAAGAUCGUGGAUAUCUUCUUCAAAGAACCCGACGCGUACAACCUGCAGAUGGCGAUGGGCUUCUACAUCCUCCCCAAGCACUUCUACGAGCAGUUCACCACCACCCAAAUCAAUCAAUCCACAGCUCUUCUCAUGGGGUCAGGUCCAUUCAAAAUGCAGAACCUUGAUCCAGAAGAUCAAUGGACUCCAGGGACAGAUAUCGUUCUUGUCCGCAACGAGCAGUAUUGGGGCUCCAAACCCGCACUCGCUGGACUCCGAUACGAUGUGAUCCAGGAAGACGUCGCGUCCCUCACCGCGUUCGUCAACGGCGAGACCCACAUGAUCAUCCCGUCAUCGCCGCAGUACGUCGAGAAGAUCUCCCAGCCCGGCUGGGACGAGAAGGCCUACUCCCUCAAGUGGCUCAACAUGCGUUCCGGUUACCUCUUCAUCGGUUGGCAGUGCGGCGAGCGCAACGGCAAGCUCACUCCAUUCCAUGACAAACGAGUCCGUCAAGCAAUGACCCUCAAUCUCGAUCGCGAGCUCAUGAUCCGUGAUAUCUGGGCCGGUCUCGACAACAUCGCCGUGGGACCAAACAACCCACCAUCCCCAGCCGCCAAUCCAGAGAUCGAGCCCUGGCCGUACGACCCAGAGCGUGCGAAGGAACUCCUCGCAGAAGCGGGAUGGGUCGACCGCGACAACGACGGCAUCCUCGAAGACGAGAACGGUGUCGAGUUCGAGUUCGAGUUCACCCACUCCGUCGGUGGUCAAACCAUCGAACGCAUGAUGAAGUACAUCGGAGACCGCUGCGCCGCGAUCGGCAUCCGCUGUAAGACCAAACCAGUAGACUGGUCGCUCUUCGACCAGAUCAUGAAGACCAGAAACUUCGACGCCAUCACCCUCGGCUGGUCCGCAUCCGCUCCAGAAUCCGACCCGCGUCAGAUCUGGCACACCGACUCCAUCCAGAACCAAGGUCACAACUUCAUCCAGUGGGACGGCGGUCAAGACCAGUACCUCGACGCAAUCGUCAAAGAACUCGACUUCGACAAGCGUAUGAAGAUCUUCCACCAGUUCCACGCCCUCGUUCACGAAGAGCAGCCGUACACAUUCAUCCGUUCCGUUCCCUGGAAGCGAUUCAUCUCGAAGGACUUUGCCAAUGUCCAUACCUACCCCAAGGGAAAGAAAGCGGGACCAAUGGCCACAUAUAUCCUCAGACGACUUCUCCUAAUGAUUCCGACGCUGAUCGGGAUCACAUUUCUCGUCUUCAUGAUCAUCGCGCUCGCGCCAGGCGGAAUCGGCGCGGCGCUGCGACAGUCCGGCGGACAGAUGGAAGCCAACUCCGCCGCGAUCCGCGAAGCAUAUCUCGAAGACCGCUACGGCCUCGACGACCCCGCACCGGUCCAGUACCUCCGCUGGCUCGGACGCGUCUCCCCACUCAAGUUCGGGACCCGAGACCAGAUCGAUCCGACUGGCGAGUUCAUCCGCUCACCAAAGCUCCCCAAAGAACCACCACUUUGGGAGUGGUUCGCUGAGGAACUCCCCGAGUAUCCCGAGGUCGAGCAGUACACCUUCACCCCUGAAGAUAACAACGAAGAACGCAAGGCCCGCUUGUACCGCCGCCAAGGCACCGCGUACGCACAAGCCCGAGCCGGAGCGAUCGGCGCCAAAGCCAACCUCGAUUCGCUCCUCGGAUUCGUCGCAGGAGAAGCCGAACUCCGCAAGUUCCGCGACGGUAAAGGCAAGAUCAAGUACGAAGUCAUCGAAGCAAAUAAAUCGGUCUUUGAGAGCUCUGAAUCUUGGGAUGAAAUUCAAGUUGCCGGCGAUCAGCUCAUCGAGAACUACAAGAUCGCACAGCAAGAGUGGGCAAACCUCAAAGCGAUUUUCGACGCCAAACCAUUCCGCGAAGCCGGGAUCGGACUGGUCGGAUCAGUCUCUCUGUCUUCUCCUGACUUUGGACGCUCCUUCACCAAGUCGCGUCCUGUGGUUGAUCUGAUCUGGGAAGCUCUGCCAAUCACGAUCAUGCUCAACCUGAUCGCCGUCCCGAUUAUCUACUUCAUCGCGAUCCCCUGCGGCAUGCUCGCCGCAGUUAAGUCCGGAUCACUCUUUGACCGCCUCUCAGGCGCAUUCUUCAUCGGACUCUGGUCGUUCCCGAUCCCACUCGCAGGCGUGCUCGCGAUCGGAUACCUCGCAUCCAACGACUAUCUUGGGUGGUUCCCCGUCGCUGGAUUGCACGACGCGAACGCUGAUACUUUUACAUACUUGCCUACAAAGGGCCCCAACGGCUGGGAACCCGGAUACCUCGUCGACCUGCUCUGGCACGUCUGUCUCCCUGUACUCUGUCUGGUCUAUGGGGGAUUCGCAGUUCUCUCAAAGCAGACCCGUGCCGCGAUGCUCGACAACUUCAAUAUGGACUACGUCCGCACCGCCAAAGCAAAGGGCGUUGCGAACCACAACAUCAUCUUCGCCCACGUCUUCCGUAACUCACUGCUACCGCUGAUCACCAUGUUCGUCUCGAUCUUCCCAGCGAUGCUCGCGGGAUCGGUCGUCAUCGAGCAGAUCUUCACUGUCCCAGGGAUGGGCCGACUCACGCUCGAAUCAAUCAAUCUGCGUGACCGCGAGCUCCUGCUCGCCAACACCAUGAUGAUCUCCGCAGUCAACCUUCUGAACGCCGACCAACUCCAAGCCGAGAAGCUCGAAGCCGUCACCGGCGUCCAGCUCGCUCAAGGCAUCGGACACCAAGAAGCCCAAGGCUUCUGGGCCGAAGCAUGGGGCCAGGUGCUCAAGCGUCCCGCCGCAGUCGCCGGGAUCGUCUGGGUCGCGAUCGUCGCGUUCUUCGCGAUCUACUCGCCACUCAUCGCCUCUGGUCACCCCCUGAUUGCGUGGCAGAUGAAUGCUGACGGCACAACAGGCGAUAUGUCCUCGCCGCUCAUCCAGUCCCUCAAAUCUUCAGACGUCGUCCUCCUCUUCUGGGGAGUCAUGGCCCCAGUGAUCCUCUUCUUCCCAGGGAUCACCCUCAACAAAGCUGCACGUCUCCGCCUCAUCAUCGCCGCCGGAGCGCAGUCGGGGAUCAUGGUCGUCCUCGCACGCAUGGUCGAGUCAUACUUCACCGCUCGUGACGCCACCGAAGCGGUCCGCGACAUCGGACAAUCAUCGUGGUUCCUCCCGGUCGCUGUCGCGAUCAUUGCAGCGGUCAGCGCGAUCCCGUUCCUGCUCAUCUCCAUCUUCGCGUACUCAAGUUGGGCGCGUUCUUUCUUCGUCCUCACUGGCGCGAUCGCGAUGUCCGUCAUCGUCGCGUGGAAAUGGUCACCGGAACUCAACCGCUACGACUACCGCGCGAUGGAAUCCGCCGGAGAGAUCCGCACGAUCUACACCCUCGUCCCGUUCUCCCCGGAUCAGUCCGAGACCGCGAUGUUCAACCGCGCGCCGGGAUCCACCCCGAUGCACGCGAUGUGGGACCGCCUCGAGCUUGCCCAGCGCGUCGCUCAGGAGCGUUCCGCCGCGUACAGCGAUGAAGAACUCGCGGAUCUCGAAGUCGAGCCCUUCCAGUACGAUCGACUCCGCUCCAUCGCUGGAUCGAUCGACUCGCUCACCUCCGAUCCGAUCAACGAGUUCAUCGACGAGCUCGAGCAGCAAGCUCCGGAGGAUAUGCUCCAGCUCCGCGACGCGAUCAUCGCCCACCCCGCGCCGAGCCACCCCAUCGGGACCGACACACUCGGACAGAGCGUGCUCUCCCAGAUGUUCCACGCGUGCCGACUCGCGAUCUCUAUCGGAUUCGUCUCCACCGGCAUCGCCGUCGUCAUCGGAGUCACCAUCGGAUCACUCAUGGGAUACUUCGGUGGUUGGGUCGACCUGCUCCUCUACCGACUCGUCGAAAUGUUCAUGGCGAUCCCCGUCCUCUUCCUCCUCAUCGUCGCCGCGGGUGUUCUCCCUCGCAAUACCUACGUCAUGAUGGCGAUCAUCGGAUGCUUCACCUGGACCGGCGCCGCUCGAUUCAUCCGCGCCGAGUUCAUGAAACUCCGCGAGACCGACUACAUCCAAGCCGCCAAAGCAAUGGGGCUCCCCCUCUGGUCCAUCCUCUUCAAGCACAUGCUCCCCAACGGCGUGACCCCCGUCCUCGUCGAGUCCUCAUUCUUGAUCGCCGCCGCGAUCCUGAUCGAAGCGAUCCUCAGCUUCCUCGGACUCGGACCAUCCGGACAAGCGAGCUGGGGAUCACUGCUCCGCAACGCAUCGGGUGACACCGGCGCCUUCGUGUGGUGGCUCGCGAUCUUCCCCGGAGCCGCGAUAUUCCUCACGACCCUCGCGUACAACCUCAUCGGCGAAGCCCUCCGCGACGCCAUCGACCCCAAACUCAAGAAAGCCCGCGUCUAA